AUGUCGACAUCAGCAGUAGAGAACACCAAACCAACCAACAGCACCUCUGAAUCUCCAGCCAGCUGCGAGGAGGUCAACUACUUCGAUUAUUUGGAUUACGCCGUCGUCAAAGAUGCCCCACUGGAUUCUCAUCUGAUGACCAUGGACGAGGAGUUCAACAGCUCUUUCGAGAGAAGGAUGUCAAAAAUCGUCGACACUCCUGAGUUAAAAUUCGUCCAAGAUGGUGACGAACUCUACAAAGUCAUCAAAAUAUUUCAGAGAGUAGCACAGCAGAUGGGUUCUGAGUGGGAGCCUGUUUUUUUAGACUUGGUGAAGAAUCAUAAGAAAGAGGUGGUAGAAGCCGAGUUGAAACAUUUAGAAACGCACAAGCCAAUAUUGAGAGGCUACAGGGCGCUGAUGGUGUGGAAGGAGUUGGCUGGCUCUUUGUUUCACAUGGCGAAGCUUGUUGACGCUCUGAAAGUUAACAAGAUGGAAGACAUUGCCCAAGAAGUUCUUUUCAUGCUCUACGAUAAAGUGCAACCGCAGCUGAAACAAGUAAACAUAAAGCCAAAGCAAAGCUCCAUCCGAAGAAAACGAAUCGACGUUUCCGAAUUAGAUAAAGAACCAAUCGACAACAAAGUGUUACUUCUAAUUGCCAAAAAACUCGCAAGCGAAUGGAAGAAACUAGGCGAAGUCCUCGGAACAGACGAAAACGAAUUGAAAGAAAUUGAGAAUCAAGUCGGAGCCCUACACGAAAAAUCAUUCAAAAUUUUGUGGUCCUGGAAGGAAGAAGCCAAAAAAUCAAAUCCCGAAUCAUGUAUCUCGGACCUCAAAACAGCCUUAACGAAAAUGAAUCGGAAAGACGUCGUUGAUGAAUGCUUUGGUGAUAAAAAAUAA